AUGUCUUUCGAUCAAUUAUCAUCGCUGGAGUCACAACCGACAACCAUGCGCAGAGAAGAUGAUCCUCAAUACGCCGACGAUCCGGAAUUCCAACGGUUAUCUCAAGACCUUAUGACGAAGCUGUUUUCAUUGACAGGAAAUAUCUCGAGACUUUCAAAUGAGAUAAAUUUAUUGGGAACGAAGAGAGAUACCGAGAGAGUACGAGAAAGAGUUCACGAUCUUUUGGAAGAGUCGAAGGAUACCUUCAAGGAGGUUGGUGAUGGAGUCAAAAAGAUACAAUCAUGGGAGGAUGUUAGUCCAUCGCAAAAAUAUACUCAAACAAAGCUUGCGCGCGAGUUCCAGAACAAUUUGACCGAAUUCCAAAAUGUGCAGCGCCAAGCUCUCGAGAAGCAACGGUCCUCUGCUACAGCAGCCCGAACGGCAAUGGAGGAAGCGCAAUCACCAGGGCCUGAGGGCGGCAAUCAAUUUGGGCAGCAACAAUCUCAAGAGCAGCUUAGAUUGGCUUCGCAGGACGAAGUUGAUUUCCAAGAUUCUUUGAUUGUAGAACGUGAGGCCGAGAUCCGCAAUAUCGAACAAGGCGUCACUGAAUUGAACGAGUUAUUCCGAGAUGUGGCACAUAUUGUCAACGAGCAAGGCGAGAGCCUCGAUACAAUUGCCAACAAUGUGGAGAACGUGCACUCGAAUACAAGGGGGGCAGACCUGGAAUUGAGGAGUGCUGCAAGAUAUCAAAAGAAUGCUCGGUCAAAGGCAUGUUGCCUGCUAUUGAUAUUGGCGGUCAUUCUCACUAUUAUCAUACUGGCAGCGACGCUAGGCUAG